AUGGCUGAAAAUCAAAAAAUAUCAGAUAAUGUUGAUGAAAAAAAUAUAAAAAAAAGAAAAAGUUAUGUGAAAAUUAUUUGCUUAGGAGAUAGUGCAGUAGGAAAAUCAAAGUUGGUAGAAAGGUUUCUUUUAGAUAAUUAUAAACCUCAACAAAUCUCAACUUAUGCUGUACAACUCUAUCGUUAUGAGACAACGGUUAAUAAGGAAACAAUAUCAGUAGAAUUUUGGGACACUGCAGGACAAGAAAUGUUUCAGUCGAUUCAUCCUUCCUACUAUCACGAAGCCAACAGUUGUAUUCUCGUUUUUGAUGUGACAAGAAAAAUAACAUAUAAAAAUCUUCCUAAAUGGUUAAAAGAACUAAGAGUGUUUCGUCCAAACAUUCCAGUAUUAUGUGCAGCAAAUAAAAUAGAUGCCAAUAUGGAAUCGACACAAAUGUCAUAUGCAUUCCCACAAAAAAAUAAUUUUCCUUUUUAUUAUGUAUCGGCAAGCAAUGGUACAAACGUUGUUUGUUUAUUUAAAGAUGCAAUCGAAGCUGCUGUUAAUUCUAAAAAAGAUUCAAAAGAUAUCACAGAUCAAAUAUUAGAGGAACUUGAAAGACUGUAG